UCUAGGUUGGAUCGGUUGUUUAUUCUGCUCGAGUCUGGUUCAGCCGCCGUGACGCGAAAGGCCGCUGCCAAGCAGAUCGGUGAGGUGCAGAAGCUGCACCCGCACGAGCUGCACAACCUGCUGAGCCGGUUGCUGACCUACCUGCACAGCAACAGUUGGGACACGCGAAUCGCCGCGUCACAGGCCGUCCAGACGAUACUGGAGAAUGUACCCCAGUGGGAACCGAAGGGUGUGGUGGCACCACCGAAGGUGGAAAUAAAGGACGAUCCGGACACGGGGCAACAACCCGAGGAGGAAGAAGAGGACAAGUCUUGCGAUUCGUCCAGCACGUACGGUAGCAGCAGUCGGAACGGUGGUGGAGGCGGUCAUAACCAUCGUCUGUCGUUCGACAGCUUUGACUUGAAUGCGGUCCUGUUUAAGGGCGCACGGUUAAUGGGCUCGGAAGGUACCGAGUUUGAUCCACUAGAUGAGAAUGAAAUGAUCGAUCCGAGGGAAAAACUCGCCCGCCAACGGGCUCUGCUGAAUGAAAAGCUCGGUUUGAGCAGCGGACUGAACCUCGAGGAGCUGGUGACGCUUGAUGAUGUGCGAAACAAUGGUAGUGCGGGGUCAGGAAGUCGAGACCACCAGACGGGAGCCACCGGAGAGCGGUUGGUGCCGGUACAAGAGAUCCUUAAGCUGAAUCGUCCCGACUCAACCGAGGGUCUGAGCUGCCGGGAGAAGAACCGUGCUCGCAGGAAAGCCCGCCAGCAGCAGCAAGCGUUCCAAAAUCCGAUCGCUACCGUCGUUAUAAGCGGAUCAGCCGGCGGAGGAUCAGCUGUAGCAUCGUCGGGUGGCUCGGUGAUGGCAGGGAACGGUGCGAAUGGUUUGGGGUCUGCUGCUUCGAUCACGAACACCGGCAACCCACAGGAAGCGCUUGGACACGAACCGGAUAGGAAGCGUUUCAAGACCGAGAAAGGGGAGCCAAUUUCCACGGGAUCCGGAUCAGCCGGAAGCGGCUUCGGUGGUGGUGGUGGAUGGACAGGAGAGGCAGUGCCGGAUCUAACAGGAGCUUGGGUCGACGCCAUCGAUUGGCCACUGGAGUCGUUCUGUUCGAAGCUGUUCCUGGAUCUGUUCAGUCCUCGCUGGGAGACUCGGCAUGGGUCGGCAACGGCACUGCGCGAGCUGCUAAAAUCCCAUGCCGAUGGUGGCGGCAAGAGUGUGUACAUGACGCGCGCUGAAAUGGAACGCCAGCAUCAGCUGUGGCUGGAGGACGCCACUCUGCGGCUGUUAUGUGUAUUGGCUCUCGAUCGCUUCGGUGAUUUUGUGUCCGAUCAGGUGGUGGCUCCGGUGCGCGAAACAUGCGCCCAGGUCCUCGGAACGGUACUGCGACAGUUGCCACAUGCGAAGGUCCAUCAGACGGUGAACAUUUUGCUGACGUUUGUGAAGCAAAAAGAAUGGGAAGUUCGACACGGUGGCUUGCUUGGCAUCAAGUACAUGCUGGUGGUGCGGGAGGACCUCAUCCAGACGUUCCUGCCCGUCAUUAUUAACGACGUGCUCACCGGGUUGUUUGAUGCCGUUGACGACGUGGGUGCAGUGGCGGCAUCCACCCUCAUUCCGAUAGCGACCUGGCUUCCGAAGCUGCUGAGCCGCGCGCAAGUUUCUCACAUCGUGAAGCUCCUGUGGGAUCUGUUGCUCGAUCAGGACGAGCUGGCCUCGGCUUGCAACAGCUUCAUGGGUCUGCUGGCGUCGAUUUUGAGCCUUCCGUCCGCAUCGAGCUGGCUCCAGAUGGAACCGAUGUCAACGCUGGUACCGCGCCUUUGGCCCUUUCUUAGCCACUGCAGCUCAUCGGUCCGGCGAUCGACGCUGCAAACGCUUAAGACACUCACGGCCAACACCGACGCCCAAAACGUGAAGGUUGAAAAGGGCUCGAACGGAGGACCGCCCACACCGCCGACUGCCAAUGGUAAAUCGAAACCGGCAGUAGCAGCAGGACCUGAAUCGCUUGGUGUAGUGCUGACGAUGCCCGAAUCGGAGGACACAAAUUUGGGGCUAAAUUUCGGCGUCAAAGACUGGCCACCACCAUUGCUGCAGGAAGCGCUCCGGCACAUCUUCCAGCGCGUGUUGGUCGAACACGUGGAGGACAUUCAGUCACUCGCGCAGGACGUGUGGAACAAUCUGGUGACAAAUGCGGAACUCUCGGCGUUGCUACACGCCUCCUGUCCAUACGUUUCCAGCUGGCUUUGCCUUGCGAUGCAACCUGUCAGACUGGCCUUCGAUCCUGGUUCACUCAUCUACGCUAAACCCAUGCACCAGAGCGGCGGUAAUCGCGAGCGAAGACCGCGACAGUUCGAUUCGUUCGAUGGAGCGUUGAGUGGCGGAGGUCCUGGAAGCGGUGGCCUCAGUGGCGCUUUGCCCUCGUCCUCGGUGUCCGGCUCGCUACACCAGAAGCUGUUCCUCGGAGGUGCCGAAACCGUCCCGCUGGACGUACGGGAGAAAAAUGUCAUCCGAGCUCGCUGCAAAGCGUCACGAAUGAUUGGGUUGCUGUCGCGUUACCUGGUGCUGCCCGCACCCGGCGUAGUGUACACGCCCGAGAUGGAGAGUCCCAUCGAUUGCUACACCAAAGUAUUGAUCGGGUACCUACAGUCCCGCUCGGCGCUGCAGCGCCUCAUCAGUAGUCUCGUGAUCGCGUACUGGUGCUCGUUCGAUAGCAGCAUCCAACCGGGUCCGCCCGUCCUUCAGGAUCGGUUGCGUGCCUGUCUGAACGAGUACGUGUACUACGACGAGGUGGGCAUCUUGUUCACACGUCUGCUGCAAGAAUGCCGUGAUUACAUGGCCACACUGAAGCAGCACAAGGUGCAGUUGGCCGAGUACGAACAGGUGAAGGUGCUAACGCUCGACCAGAUCUACCAAAUCGCCACGUCCUCCGGGUGGUCAACGGAAGAGGUGCGCACGAAGUACGGACUCAAGGCGAAGGUGGCCGAUCUACUGGAGGAGCGCCGACGCAGCCUGAUUGGGUCACAUUCGGCAACGGCGCUCGAACAAACGACGCUACACAUCAGCACGCAGUCGUCAGUUUCCGGAGCUGUCGUUAGUUUGCGGUGCCUACCGGAAGAGCGUCUCAAUCCGGUCGUGAAACCGUUGAUGGAAUCGAUCAAGCGCGAAGAGUGUGAGCUUUUGCAGCGACUUUCGGCGAAAUAUCUGAGCGACCUGCUCGAGCAGGUGACGACUCGUACUCCCUGUCCCAACAGCAAGAUCGUGACAAAUUUGUGCACCCUGCUCAAGAGCGAUCCGGAGUUUACGCCUCGGGUGGUAUGUCCCGAUCAAGAGUUAGCGAACUUCGACCCAGCCAACACAGGCGACAAUAAUCCGUACCACGGCAUUCUGACGCUCAACAAGCAGCAACAGCGUGGCAAAGAAAGCGUUAGUGGUGGUGGACCGGCCGGCGGGUCAUGCUCGAGUGGGUCACCGCGAGGACCGGGAAGACCACCAGCCGGUGCAAACGCUGCGUUGGAUCUUUCUGUCAACUCUAACACCAGUGUAGGAUCGGUGGCAUUGGACGAACUGCUUGGCGGAACGACUGAGAACGAAGAAACGACUCGCAGGCACGCUCGAACGCAACGCCUGGGUGCCACAGCCGCCAUUACGACGAUUUGUGCACAGUUUGGCACAUCUCUGCCACAGAAAUUGCCGAUCGUGUGGCAGCUACUGCUCGAUAAGAUUGCAUCCCGAGUGGACGAAGGCUACGUGGAACGGCUCGCACUAAACGUCAUCACGCAGGACGAAACGAACGAUUUUAUGACCUCGCUGCAGCUGGUGGAAGUUGCCGCACCGUAUUUGGAUGUAUCGCUACACCCACAGGUGUUCGAACUGCUCCCAAAGCUGUGCCUGCUGUUGCGCCAUCCGCUGAAAGCCGUGCGGCAUAUGGUUGGACGGUGUUUGGCCACGUUGGCUGCCGUCAACACGACCACCGUGAUGACGCUGGUAAUCAAUGACGUGGUGCCGCUGUUAUCCUGCAUCGAAAGUGUCAUCAAGCGACAGGGAGCCGCGGAAGCGAUCGCAUGCAUCGUCAACCGUCUGCAAUUCGACAUUGUGCCGUACGUGGUGCUACUAGUGGUGCCACUGCUUGGCCGAAUGAGCGAUCCAGAUCAGUCGGUGCGGCUCGUUUCAACGCACUGCUUUGCCACGCUUAUCCAGCUGAUGCCAUUGGACGGGCUGGCGGCGGAUAGCAGCAGCAACACUCAGCACCUGUCGGAGGAUUUGCGUUUACGCAAGAUGAAGGAUCGUCGAUUUCUGGAGUAUCUCUUUUCGCCGAAGACGAUCCCGGAUUUUGAGAUACCGGUGAAAAUAAACGCGGACCUACGCAGCUACCAGCAGUCGGGCGUGAACUGGCUGUGGUUUCUGAACCGCUACAAGCUGCACGGGAUCUUGUGCGAUGACAUGGGUCUGGGGAAGACGCUUCAAGCGAUUUGCAUCUUAGCGGCGGAUCACCAUCAGCGCAAUCUCGAUCGAAGCUGCGCCCAACUGCCAAGUUUGGUCAUCUGUCCACCGACACUCACCGGACAUUGGGUGUACGAGGUGGAGAAGUUUUUGCCGACUCGAUUCCUGCGGCCACUGCACUAUGUCGGACUGCCGGUCAACCGAGAGCAGCUGCGGCAGAAGCUUGGCACGUACAACCUGAUCGUGGCGUCGUACGACAUCGUGCGGAAGGACAUCGAGUUCUUUAGCUCGGUUCACUGGAACUACUGCAUCCUGGACGAGGGGCACAUCAUCAAGAACGGCAAGACGAAAAGCUCGAAAGCGAUCAAGCAGCUGGUGGCCAGCCAUCGGUUGAUUCUCUCCGGUACGCCCAUCCAGAACAACGUGCUGGAGUUGUGGUCGCUGUUUGAUUUUCUCAUGCCCGGGUUCCUCGGCACGGAGAAGCAAUUCAGUACGCGUUUCAGCCGACCCAUUCUGGCUAGCCGGGAUCCGAAGAGCUCACCGAAAGAGCAAGAGGCUGGUGCGCUUGCCAUGGAGGCGCUUCACCGGCAGGUACUACCGUUCCUGCUGCGACGCGUCAAAGAGGACGUGUUGACUGAUCUACCACCAAAGAUAACGCAGGAUCUGCUGUGCGAGCUGAGCCCCUUGCAAGAGCGGCUGUACGAGGACUUUAGCCGGAUGCAUCUAAAUUCGUCGGACAUCCGGCAGUGUUUGGAGAACAUUGACGGCCAAAAUGCUGGACCCGCCAACAAGAAGACGCACGUGUUCCAAGCGUUGAGGUACCUGCAAAAUGUUUGCAACCAUCCAAAGCUGGUGCUUUCUCCUUCCCACCCGGAGUAUCAGAUGAUCGUGGGCGAGUUCACGCGGAACGGAUCAUCCAUGGACGACAUUGAGCACUCCGCAAAGCUUCCCGUUUUAAAGCAGCUGCUGCUGGAUUGCGGUAUUGGCAGCAAUGAGGACGUUUCGGUGAAUCAACAUCGCGCUCUCAUAUUUUGUCAGCUGAAGGCGAUGCUCGAUAUCGUGGAAAAUGAUCUACUAAAAAAACACCUACCGGCUGUGUCCUAUUUGCGGCUGGAUGGAAGUGUGCCACCGAGCACGCGGCAUCACAUCGUGACGAAAUUCAACGGAGAUCCCAGCAUUGACGUGCUGCUCCUAACAACACAGGUCGGAGGACUCGGUCUCAAUCUGACCGGCGCCGAUACGGUCAUCUUCGUCGAGCAUGACUGGAACCCGAUGAAGGACCUGCAGGCGAUGGACCGAGCGCACCGGAUCGGUCAGAAGAAGGUGGUGAACGUGUACCGUUUGAUUACGCGCAAAUCGCUCGAAGAGAAGAUAAUGGGUCUGCAGAAGUUCAAGCUGCUGACGGCCAACACAGUCGUGAGCGAUGAGAACGCCUCAAUGGAGACGAUGGGUACGGACCAGCUCCUGGAUCUGUUCACGCUCGCCGACGACAGCGGAGGGAAGCGUGGUGGGUCUGGUGGCCCAUGCACUACCGAUCGUCGCGGUACGAACCAACGCUCCCACACUGUCCCUAACGCAUCCAAUACCGCAGGAUCGAUCGCCCUGGAGGCGAACGGUAACAGCGGGACCGCCAUAAAGACGGUUCUAGAGAGCCUUCCCGAGCUGUGGGAUGACAGUCAGUACCACGAGGAGUACGAUCUGUCGCAGUUUCUGGAGGGUUUGAAAAAAACUCGCCAACAGUAGAGAUAGCUAGCCUAGGCGUUGCCGCCGUUGCACCAGAUGUAUCGGUGUUGUUAGACAGGAAACAAUUGAACUAAGCGCGCAAAGAACUCCGAGUGUGCGUGCGUAGGAGAUGUGUGUAUCUGGUCAUAGCAGAGAAGAUGGAAGAUAAUCGUGUUACGUAUGGUGAAGUGGAAUAAUGAGAAAAGGUACCAAUGAGACGUCGCCCUCGCCCUCGUCGUCGUAUAAUCUCGCAUUACGUUCGUUCGCCCACAAAACUUUCUUAUUUCUUGUCUUCGCCAUCAAAAAGCUUCCGAAUUUUUGAUUUCCUGAUAAAAACACUUUUUACUGCAAGGCGUAUAUGUAAAAGAAGAAGAGCUGUUAGGGAGAGUAGAUGGGCAAAUGGAGAAGGCGUAACAGUACUGCGUAUCUUUCCUAAGCAAACACACUAGUUGCCACUGCAUGUCGUAAUUAUAGGUUUCCCGUCGGAAUGGGAAGAACUGGAAUUCUGUAUUUAAAUGCUAGAAUAAAGAGUGAUUUUCGUGAGUAAAUUGUCCGUGUCUAUUGCGAUGAUUAUAUUAGAUAAUAUCACACAUUGACCAGAUCAAAAGCUAGAUCUUCCGAAGUAUUUUCAAGGU